UCAAACGUCUGCAGCUGACCGGUAUUAGUCGGUGCUCGGCAUUAUUUGAGGUGUCUGCGGUUUAGAGCACUUAUACUUCCUUGCUCUGUACUAGCUGCAUCUGCAGCGGUAGUCUAUCUGCAGUGGGCGUCCUGUCUUCAGGUCUCUUUACCCUGACAAAACAUGGCGCAAAAAGAUGCGGACAAAUAUCUCUUCGUGGAUCGGAACUAUAUCAAUAACCCGUUGGCUCAAGCUGAUUGGGCAGCCAAAAAACUAGUAUGGGUUCCUUCAGAAAAGCAUGGCUUUGAGGCAGCCAGCUUGAAGGAAGAAGUGGGAGAUGAGGCCAUAGUUGAACUAGCUGAAAAUGGCAAGAAGGUAAAAGUCAAUAAGGAUGACAUUCAGAAGAUGAACCCACCAAAGUUCUCCAAAGUAGAAGAUAUGGCUGAGCUAACUUGUCUAAAUGAGGCGUCUGUCCUGCACAAUUUGAAAGAGCGCUACUACUCUGGUUUAAUUUAUACUUACUCUGGGCUUUUUUGCGUAGUUAUAAAUCCUUACAAGAAUCUGCCUAUUUAUUCUGAAGAUAUAGUGGAUAUGUACAAAGGCAAAAAAAGACACGAGAUGCCGCCUCAUAUUUAUGCUAUUACAGACACUGCUUACCGAAGUAUGAUGCAAGAUCGAGAAGACCAGUCUGUUCUUUGCACAGGAGAAUCUGGAGCUGGCAAAACAGAAAACACGAAAAAGGUUAUACAAUACCUGGCUUACGUUGCAUCUUCACACAAAACAAAAAAGGACCAGGGUGAGCUUGAAAGGCAGUUACUACAAGCUAACCCAAUUCUUGAGGCCUUUGGAAAUGCCAAAACAGUUAAAAAUGAUAACUCGUCAAGAUUUGGCAAAUUUAUUCGGAUUAAUUUUGAUGUCAAUGGCUACAUUGUUGGUGCCAAUAUAGAAACUUACCUUUUGGAGAAAUCGCGUGCUAUUCGCCAGGCGAAAGAGGAACGAACGUUCCAUGUAUUCUACUACCUUUUAUCCGGGUCUGGUGAACACUUAAAAAGUGACCUCUUGUUGGAAGCCUACAACAAGUAUCGAUUCCUUUCCAAUGGACAUGUCACUAUCCCAGGGCAGCAGGACAAGGAUCUUUUCCAAGAAACUAUGGAGGCAAUGAAGAUCAUGGGCAUCCCAGAUGAAGAACAACUUGGUCUUUUAAAAGUAGUUUCGGGUGUUCUGCAAUUGGGCAACAUUGCAUUCAAGAAGGAGCGCAACACGGAUCAAGCAUCUAUGCCAGAUAACACAGCUGCCCAGAAAGUUUGCCAUCUUCUUGGUGUGAACGUCAAUGACUUCACCAGAGCCAUCCUCCUACCUAGAAUUAAAGUUGGCCGUGAUUAUGUGCAGAAAGCUCAGACCAAAGAACAGGCAGAUUUUGCUAUUGAGGCUCUAGCUAAAGCCACUUACGAGAGGAUGUUCCGUUGGUUGGUAAUGCGCAUUAACAAGGCGUUGGACAAGACAAAACGGCAAGGGGCUUCUUUCAUUGGGAUCCUUGAUAUUGCUGGCUUUGAAAUCUUUGAGUUGAAUUCAUUUGAGCAGCUUUGCAUAAACUACACCAAUGAAAAACUGCAGCAGCUCUUCAACCACACAAUGUUCAUCCUCGAGCAAGAAGAGUAUCAGCGUGAAGGAAUCGAAUGGAACUUUAUUGACUUUGGCCUGGAUCUUCAACCAUGCAUUGACUUAAUAGAGAAGCCUGCUGGUCCACCUGGUAUUCUCGCACUACUAGAUGAAGAAUGCUGGUUCCCGAAGGCUACAGAUAAAAGUUUUGUAGAGAAAGUUGUACAAGAACAGGGCACACACUCAAAAUUCCAGAAACCAAAGCAGCUGAAGGAUAAAGCAGAUUUCUGUGUAAUGCAUUAUGCUGGCAAGGUGGAUUACAAGGCAGACGAAUGGCUCAUGAAAAAUAUGGAUCCCCUUAAUGACAAUGUUGCUACACUUUUAAAUCAGUCAUCUGACAAAUUUGUGUCAGAUUUGUGGAAAGAUGUGGAUCGCAUUGUUGGCUUGGAUCAGGUUGCUGGUAUGUCUGAUACAGCACUCCCUGGAGCAUUCAAGACCAGAAAAGGAAUGUUUCGGACAGUAGGUCAACUUUACAAAGAACAACUUUCAAAGCUGAUGGCAACCCUCAGGAACACAAACCCUAACUUUGUGCGCUGCAUUAUUCCUAAUCAUGAGAAAAAGUCUGGUAAGCUAGAUGCCCAUUUAGUGCUUGAACAGCUGCGCUGCAAUGGUGUGCUGGAAGGAAUCCGUAUCUGCAGACAAGGCUUUCCAAACAGAGUUGUCUUUCAAGAGUUCAGGCAAAGGUACGAAAUUCUCACGCCCAAUUCGAUCCCUAAAGCCUUUAUGGAUGGAAAACAAGCAUGUGUUCUUAUGAUCAGAGCUUUGGAGCUCGAUUCCAACCUCUAUCGUAUUGGGCAAAGCAAAGUGUUCUUUAGAGCUGGUGUCUUGGCUCAUCUAGAGGAAGAAAGAGAUCUGAAGAUUACAGAUGUCAUAAUAAGCUUCCAGGCCUGGUGCAGAGGUUAUAUUGCCAGAAAAGCCUUUGCCAAAAGACAACAGCAGCUUACUGCUAUGAAGGUGAUUCAAAGGAACUGUGCAGCAUACUUGAAACUUAGAAAUUGGCAGUGGUGGAGGCUCUUUACAAAGGUUAAGCCUUUACUCCAAGCAAACAGAUUUGAUGAAGAGUUGCAAUCAAAGGAGGUUGAACUUCAGAAGGUGAAAGAACUCUUCACUUUUUCAGAACAAAAACUUACAGAGAUGGAGCAUAAUCAAAUACAGCUUCAGCAAGAGAAAAUGCAGCUCCAGGAACAGCUGCAGGCAGAGACAGAGCUCUGUGCUGAAGCAGAGGAAAUGAGGGCCCGUCUUGCGGCAAAGAAGCAGGAGCUAGAGGAGAUCUUACACGACUUAGAAUCCAGGGUAGAAGAAGAAGAGGAACGUUGCCAAAUACUGCAGACUGAAAAGAAGAAAAUGCAGCAGAAUAUUGGGGAACUAGAAGAACAACUUGAAGAGGAGGAAGCGGCCAGACAAAAGCUUCAGCUGGAAAAAGUCACUCUGGAUGCUAAGCUAAAGAAAAUUGAAGAAGAUGUCCUUGUCCUAGAGGAUCAGAAUGCAAAGUUUAUCAAGGAGAAGAAACUCCUUGAAGAUCGCAUUGCAGAAUUCACCACAAAUCUUGCUGAGGAGGAAGAGAAGUCGAAGAGUCUUGCCAAACUCAAGAACAAACAUGAGACAAUGAUCUCUGACUUGGAAGAGCGUCUGCGCCGGGAGGAGAAGCAGCGUCAGGAGCUUGAGAAGACACGGCGAAAAUUGGAAGGAGAUUCCACAGACUUGCACGAUCAGAUAGCUGAACUGCAAGCCCAAGUUGCUGAGCUGAAGUUGCAGCUUGCCAAAAAGGAGGAAGAACUGCAGGCUGCACUAGCAAGAGUGGAGGAAGAGGCUGCCCAUAAAAAUAUGGCUUUGAAGAAAAUCCGUGAGCUAGAGUCCCAGAUUGGUGAGCUGCAGGAGGACCUUGAAGCUGAACGAGCUGCGCGUAAUAAGGCAGAAAAACAAAAGCGUGAUCUUGGGGAGGAACUUGAAGCUCUGAAGACUGAGCUGGAGGAUACUUUAGACUCUACUGCUGCGCAGCAGGAGCUUAGAACAAAACGCGAGCAGGAGGUUACACAUCUGAAGAAGACCCUAGAUGAAGAAGCUCGUGCACAUGAAGUCCAAAUACAGGAGCUGAGACAAAAACAUUCACAAGCUGCAGAAGAAUUAUCAGAACAGCUGGAGCAGACCAAACGGCUGAAAGCUAACUUAGAGAAGGCCAAACAGUCUUUGGAGAGUGAACGGAACGAGUUGGCAAAUGAAGUGAAGACUCUUCUUCAGAGCAAAGGUGACUCUGAGCACAAAAGAAAGAAGAUGGAGUCUCAGCUUCAGGAACUGCAAGUCAAGGUGACAGAGGGAGACAGAGCUCGCGUUGAGCUGACUGAAAAAGCAAACAGACUUCAGGUUGAAUUGGACAAUGUUACUGCUCUCCUUUCCCAAGCUGACAGCAAAUCCAUAAAGCUUGCCAAGGACUUCUCAACUUUAGAGUCACAGCUUCAGGAUACUCAGGAACUUCUGCAAGAAGAGACUCGUCAGAAGCUGAGCCUUAGUACUAAACUUAAGCAAAUGGAUGAUGAUAAAAAUGGCUUUCUGGAGCAGCUUGAGGAAGAGGAGGAGUCUAAGAAGAAUUUAUUAAAACAGAUAAAUACACUGCAAACUCAGAUGACAGAUAUGAAGAAGAAGAUGGAGGAGAGCAUUGGUUCACUGGAGAGUGUGGAAGAAUUGAAGAAGAAGCUACAGAAAGAUUUAGAAGCAGCAAAUCAACGCUUUGAGGAAAAGGCAGCAGCCUAUGACAAGCUGGAGAAAACAAAGACCAGGCUUCAGCAGGAGUUGGAUGACCUUGCUGUGGAUCUUGACCAUCAGAGGCAGACUGUUUCCAACCUGGAGAAAAAGCAGAAGAAAUUUGAUCAGCUUCUUUUAGAGGAGAAAAAUAUAUCUGCGAAGUAUGCAGAAGAGCGUGAUCGUGCAGAAGCAGAGGCUCGUGAAAAAGAGACUAAGGCAUUGGCCUUGACCCGCUCCCUUGAAGAGGCACUUGAGUUUAAGGCAGAGUUAGAAAGACUCAAUAAGCAGUUGCGCACAGAGAUGGAAGACUUGGUCAGCUCAAAGGAUGAUGUUGGCAAGAGUGUACAUGAGCUUGAAAAGUCUAAGCGUGCUUUAGAGCAACAAGUAGAAGAAAUGAAAACCCAGCUUGAAGAACUUGAAGAUGAGCUGCAAGCCACAGAGGAUGCCAAGCUCAGGCUGGAAGUAAACUUACAGGCUAUGAAAGCUCAAUUUGAGAGAGACCUCCAGGGGCGUGAUGAGCAGAGUGAGGAUAAAAAGAAGCAGCUGGUCAGGCAGGUGAAAGAGAUGGAAGCAGAACUUGAAGAUGAAAGAAAGCAGCGUUCCAUUGCUGUGGCUGCGAGAAAGAAGCUGGAGAUGGAUCUAAAGGAUUUUGAAGGACAAAUAGACACUGCAAAUAAGAACAAAGAGGAGGCAAUCAAGCAGCUGCGCAAACUUCAGGGUCAGUUGAAGGAUUAUCAGCGAGAACUUGAAGACACUAGAGCUUCCAGGGAUGACAUCUUAACUCAGGCUAAGGAAAAUGAAAAGAAAUUUAAGAGUAUGGAAGCAGAGGUGAUCCACUUGCAUGAGGAACUUGCUGCUGCUGAGCGUGCGAAGCGCCAAGCUCAGCAGGAAAGAGAUGAACUUGCUGAUGAAAUUGCAAACAGUAGUGGCAAGGGUGCUCUGGCUCUUGAAGAGAAACGGCGCCUGGAAUCCCGGAUUGCGCAGCUAGAGGAAGAGCUUGAGGAGGAACAGGGCAACACAGAACUGGUUAAUGACCGGCUUAGGAAAGCAACUCUUCAGAUUGACCAGCUGAAUGCUGACUUGAAUGCAGAGCGUAGCAGUGCUCAAAAGAAUGAAAAUGCACGCCAACAAAUGGAUCGCCAAAAUAAAGAAUUGAAGACAAAGCUACAAGAGCUGGAAGGGACUGUCAAGUCAAAGUUCAAGGCUUCAAUCGCAGCUCUUGAAUCUAAGAUCUCACAACUGGAAGAACAGCUUGAUUCAGAGACUAAAGAGCGUCAAAAUGCCAGCAAGCAGGUGCGUCGAACAGAAAAAAGACUAAAAGAUGUCCUAAUGCAGGUAGAAGAUGAACGACGCAAUGCUGAGCAGUAUAAAGAGCAGGCUGAGAAGAGUAAUGUCCGUAUGAAACAGCUCAAGAGACAGGUGGAGGAAGCAGAGGAAGAGGCCCAACGUGCUAAUGCUAUGAGACGCAAGCUGCAGCGUGAGCUUGAAGAUGCGACUGAGACUGCUGAUGCUAUGAACCGUGAAGUGAAUACCCUUAAGAGCAAGCUCAGGCGGGGUGAUGUGCCAUUUGUCACAAGACGUGUUGCAAGAAAGGGGAUUGAUGAGGCUUCUGAUGAAGACUUGGAUGGAAAAGCAGAUUCUGGUGAUGGCAAAUCAACAGAUUAGUGUGCAACUACUUUUUCACCAUUAAGUCAUCAAGAUACUGCAAACAUCUAAAGGACAACUUUUGUUUCCUAUCUCAAAUGUUCCACUGCCUCUUCCCCAAAAGCACCAGAGCCAUUAAUUGAUCAGAUGUGGUUCCGUAUACAGGAAUUAAAUGUCUAGUGGAUGUUUCUCUAAAAUGUUAAAGGCAAUAUGAUCUUGCACUUUCUAUAGUGAUAUGAUUGAAUGACAGCUGUUUUAUAGCAUUGUCAUAUUCUAGUACCCCCUCCCAAAAGCAGUCCACACAUGGGACAAAAAUACCUACUAAUGACCUUUUGUCAAUGUGUUUGUCCUUAUGUUUUUCAGCCACUUGUCAUUUAUUUUUUUUUUUGUGUACUCAAACUAUGUAAGGGACAAACUAAAUGAAAAUGUAACUGGAUAAGUAGCUGUACUGCACCAAAUAUAUGAACUGCUACUCUGCUCGUGCACACAUUGUAAUGACUAUUUUUGAAAUAAAUUGUCACUUUAUAUUUUUUACCACUUUAUAA